UCAAAGACUCAAAUAGAGAAGUCUUGUCUACGCUAAAAGUAAUGAAACCAUCAACUAAACUACUGGAAAAGCUCCAAAUUUCUUCACACAAAUCUGCUUAAUAAUUCCAAAAGAACAUGGAUUCCUUUCACGAUGUGGGAUCUCGUGUUUGGCUGUUAGAGGGUAAAAAUUGGGUUCCAGCAGUCGUGACUGAAGCUAAAUCGGGACAAGUUACAUUUCGAACAGAAUAUGAUAAGUCAUACACAAUGCCACAAGAUGCAAUCAAUAGGCAGAAUGUAUCUCCGAUGCACCAGACAAGUAUUGAUGGUGUGGAAGAUAUGGCUAAUUUGGCUGAUUUACAUGACUCAGCUAUACUUCAUAAUCUACACUUACGAUUCAAGACAGAUAAAAUUUACUCAUAUAUUGGCAGCAUACUUUGUGCUGUGAAUCCCUACUUCUUUGUCCAUGGUUUAUAUGAUAAUGAUGUAAUGGAGAAAUACAAAGAAAAACACAUUGGAGACCUGGAACCUCACAUAUAUGCUGUAGCUAAUGAAUGCUAUUAUUCUAUGUGGAAGAAAUCUGAAAGUCAAUGUAUUCUUAUUAGUGGUGAAUCAGGAUCUGGGAAAACUGAGUCCACAAAGUUCAUCUUAAAUUUUCUGUCAGUAAUCAGCAGUGCAGGAGGAGUAUCUGAAGACUCUGGAAUCAGUGUAGAAAAAGCUAUAAUACAAAGCAGUCCUAUAUUAGAAGCCUUUGGUAAUGCUAAGACAGUUUAUAAUAAUAACUCAAGUAGAUUUGGCAAGUUUAUCUAUCUUGAAUUCAAUGCAAAAGGUCGAAUGGAUGGAGGCACAAUACAAGACUUUCUAUUAGAAAAAAAUCGUGUAGUUAGACAAAACCCUGGUGAGAGGAAUUACCACAUCUUCUAUUCGUUGCUGGCUGGUGCUUCUGAAGCUCAGAGAAAUGAGCUAGUUCUCUACCCCCCAGAGAAGUAUUAUUAUCUACAGCAGAGUAAAUGCAUCAGUGAUCCAUCUAUUAAUGAUAAAGAAGACUUCCAGAAAGUAUUGAAUGCAUUGAACAUUAUGAAGUUUAGUGAACAAGAAGUUUCUGAUUUGCUUCAAGUAAUCUCUGGUAUUCUAAUGUUGGGUAAUGUAAACUUCUUAGCUGCUGGAGGUGCACAGGUGGCUGACAAGAAUGUACUUGAGAAUGUGGCCAAUUUACUUCACAUUGACUUCUAUGAUCUUGGUGAUGCACUGACCAUGAAGACUAUGAUACUACGAGGGGAGGAGAUCCAGUCACCACUGACUGUAGCGCAGGCUGAAGAUUCAAGAGAUGCCAUGGCCAUGAAUCUCUAUGCUUGCACCUUCAAAUGGGUUAUUCGAAAAAUCAACAAGAGAGUCAAGGCCAAAGAACAUUUUUCAUCUGUUGGUUUGCUUGACAUCUUUGGCUUUGAGAACUUUGAGAUAAACCGGUUUGAGCAGUUCAACAUCAACUAUGCCAAUGAGAAGCUGCAGCAGUAUUUCAACAAGCAUAUUUUCUCUCUUGAACAGCAUGAGUACAACAGGGAGGGUCUGCCUUGGACAGACAUUGACUGGCAGGAUAAUGGUGAAUGUCUUGAUCUCAUUGAAAGGAAACUUGGUGUAUUGGCUCUAAUUGAUGAAGAAAGUCGUUUCCCAAAAGGUACAGAUGAAUCCAUGUUGGAUAAACUGCAUUCAAGUCAUCAGGAAAAUGGAUUUUACUUGAAACCAAGGGUUGCAAACACAAAGUUUGGGAUCAAACACUACGCAGGGGAGGUUAAUUAUGACACCAAGGGGUUUUUGGAGAAAAACAGGUAUGGUCAUCUUCCACACUGAUUAUUAAUAUUAUCAACGUGCAGGUCUGAUUUCAUCUAUGAUAUCAUGGAGCUGAUGACGCCGGUACAACAAGGAAACAAAUCCAAGACAUCCAAGCAACGCCCCACAGUCAGCUCACAGUUUAGGCAAUCGUUAGCAUCACUUAUGACAACACUUGGCCAAUCCCAUCCCUUCUUUAUUCGCUGUAUUAAACCCAACCACAGUAAGUCCCCUCAAGUAUUCGAUCCUCUUCUAGUGCAUAGUCAGCUACGAUACUCGGGGAUGUUAGAGACUGUCAAGAUUAGACGAGCUGGUUUUCCUGUCAGGUUGCCGUUCGAAGAGUUUUUAUUCAGAUAUAAAGUAUUGUACCGAAACAAAAAACUAUCAGGGGAUCCUAAAGACGACUGCAAGUUUCUCCUCCAAGAAUUCGACCCUACGGAGCAACAGUGGAAGAUCGGUACGAGUAAAGUGUUUUUGAAGGACCAGCUGGAGUACACCAUGGAGAAGAAACGUAAUGCUGAGCUUGCUGUUGCUGCCAUGAUGAUCAAGAAAAAGAUUAUGGGAUAUAUUGUCAGGAAGCGCUACUUGAAGAUACGAAAUGAUAUCAUUAGGAUACAGAAACUAGCCAAGGGUCGAUUCUAUCGCAAGAAAUUCCUCAAGACGAGGAAUCAUAUUAUUGUCAUUCAAAAGUUUGAAAGAGGUCGUGUUGCUCGAGCGCUUUUGAAGAAACUUCUUGAGGAAAAGAGAAUCGAGGAAGAGAGAAAACGAGAAGAACAGAGAAGAAUAGAAGAAGAAAGAAGGAAGGAAAUGGAGAGGCUGGAACAAGAACGCAAGCUAAAAGAAUUAGAAGAACUCAAGCGAAAGGCUGAAGAAGAAGCUCGACGAAAAGAAGAAGAAGAAAGAGAACGAAAACGAAUCGAAGAAGAACAAAAAUUAGCAGAUUUGAUGAGAGCAAAAGCAAUCGAGGAAGCAAGAAGGGUAGAAGAAGAAGCUAAGAGGCUGGCAAAAGAGGAGAAAAGACGCCAAGAAGAAGAAGAGAAAAAGAGAAGAGAAGAAGAGGAAAGACUCAGAGCCGAAGAGGAAGAAAGACAGCGUGAAGAAGAAGAGGGACGAAAGAUGGAGGCUGAAGCUGAAGCAGCGGCUCAGAUAGCCGAGUUAGACAGACACCUUAAGUACGAAGACAGUGACGAAGAGGAAGAUGAAGAAGAGGAGGAUACGAUAGGACGACCACCAAGCGUUCAUGAGAUGGAAGAAAUCAUUAAAGAUGGAUAUCUGAUGCUCAGAGGUGGUUUGUUGAGUUUGUGGAAGAAACACUGGUGUGUUCUGAAGGACGAGACUUUUAUGUGGUUCCGUGGAAAACAGGACGCAUUAAAAAGUGGAUGGUUGAUGAAAAAAGGUGGAGGAACAGGAACCCUAUCGAGGCGCAACUGGAAGCGUCGUUGGUUUGUGUUAAAGGAUGAGACGUUAACGUACUACGAGAAUGACCAGGAAGGAGCGAAAUCCCUGGGUGUUAUCGAUAUCAGGAAAGCAUCGCGUAUCGUUGAUGAUGGAGUGAAGGAAAAUGGCUUCAGUAUCGUUACUGAGGGUCGAACGUACCAUAUCAUCGCAGAAACUGUUCAUGAAUGGAAUCAGUGGUACAAUAUCCUGAACCGUGUCAACAGAGCCACUGAUGCACAGCUAAAGGACAUGCGCGAAGAAUCUGCUAACGUCAAGAAUGCUGUGGGCACAAUCGAUGUGGCGAUGAUCGAGUCAUGUACGGCAGGAGGUGUUGCUAACAAAGCAAACUGUUUUACUAUUAUCACCGCCAAUCGAGUCAUGAAUUUCAUGACCGAAUCAGAAGAGGAUCUUAAUAGCUGGGUUGAAGAUAUAAAUAACAGCAAACAGCGUGAGGUCGAUGAAGGAUUUGCCAACGUGCUGGAGAAAGGUUGGAUGGUGAAAGAAGGAGCCGAUGAUUCCAAGAGAAAACGCUGGUUCGUUUUAACUGGAAAUUCACUUGAUUACUACAAGUCAUUUGUCAAGGGCAGUCCCAAAUUCGGCUCGAUUAUUCUAAACAGCUUGUGCUCAGUCGUUCCGCCAGAAGAAAAAGAAACAGGUGACUGGACUUUCAUCGUUAAUGGCCGAAAACGCUCCUACGUACUACACGUCAAGCAACAAGAAGAAGCCAACCGAUGGGCGAGUGCCAUACAAGAGGUUAUUGACUCCAAACCUCUGAUCGAGACACCAUUUGAAAAACUGGUCAUGUUGAUCAAGGAUGCAUCCAAUGAGAAUGAAGUGGAAACGAUUAUUCGCACCAAUCCAUUACUCAAGUAUUCCAAACUACCACUAAAAGCUCCUCUGUUAGCAUUACCUUACGGUCACUCACAGUCCUCACGUGCUAAGGGUAAAGGUUAUGGUACGUUCCACGAAGAGGCGGUUGGUAUCUUCAACUCACUACAGGAACAAGAGUCCGUGGGUGAUCCAAUACCAGUUAUACAGGGAAUUCUCCAGACAUGCCAGGACCUGAAGCCUCUCAGAGACGAGGUAUUCUGCCAACUUAUCAAGCAAACGACCAGUCCACCAAACGCUGAUUCUAUUGGCAAUCUAAGAAACAUGCAGGUGUUAGUUUGCAUGUGUUGCACAUUUAUUCCUACAAGAAAAUACUUACGAUAUCUGCGCUCCCAUCUGAAAAGGCUGCGAGACAAGAAUCCCGAUACAGAAAUGUCAAAGUUCGCUGUAUUCGCUCUUGAAUGCGCCAAAAGAGCGCGCCCAAGAGAAUUCCCUCCCUCCAGAGAAGAAAUCAUUUCCCUUCUGGGUCGUAGAGAAUUGUCUGCUGUUGUACACUGUUAUGGAGGAGGUUCGUGUAAGAUUACUAUCAACUCAUCUACCACAGCAGGAGAGGUGACCGAAAGACUGAGCAAAGGUCUAAACUUGACCCAAGAAUAUAAUAUAUUUUCACUGUUUGAGCAAUGCGGCUCGAUGGAAAAGAGUAUCGAAUCAAGGACAGUUCUUGCAGAUGUGUUGUCGAAGUUUGAACGAUACAAAGCUUUAGGCAUGACAGAAGCUGGCAAGAAAUGGAAAUUAUUUUUCAAGGUAUUCUGUUACCUUGAGCCAGAGAAAGUACCAGAUGAAACCGUCGAAUCAGGAUUCCUUUACGAACAGGCAUGCGAUGCUAUUUUACAAGGCAAGUACCCCUCCCCAGAGACAACAGUCUGCGUGCUAGCGGCUUUACGGCUACAAUUCACAGAUGGAGAUUAUCGAGCAGGCGCCUGGGUGUCAGAACUGGAGACAGUAUACCCGAUGGGAAGACUGAAGCACAAAGUCAAAUCUGAAAUGAAGAUAUCACGUGAGAAGUCUUUCAGCUUUAAGGGGACUUUACGUAAAGCAGUCAAUCCUUUCAUAUCAGGGUCUUCCCCUCCCGAAGAGACAGAAGAAGGGUCAGGUGCUGCCAGUGAAGAAGAAUUAUCAGCCAUUAAGAGCUCGAUCUGCGAACAGUGGAAGAAGUUCCAGGGUAUGGAUCAGGAGCAAGCUCAACGACAGUAUAUGGAUAUCGUCAAGAGCUGGCCAGGAUAUGGAUCAACCUUAUUCGAAGUAGAGACAAAAGACCCUAGUCUACCAAAUGACCUCUGGAUUGGGGUGAGCUUCAAGGGUGUGUCUAUCUACAAGCGGGGAGACAUGAGAGCGCAGUGUUCCUAUACUUAUGAAAAUAUUCUAUCAUUUGGUGCUCCUCAACCUAACGUUUACAAGAUUGUUGUCGAUGGUAGAGAUGCAAUGCUCUUUGUAACUAAUCAGGUCAUCGAGAUUGCCAAACUUAUGAAGGCUUACAUUAACGAAAUAGUACGACGGCGAAGAGAAAGCAGAAUGAGUCAACAAUAUUCAAACGGCUCCUGACACAGGAAACAUCAACAUGAGAACGUUCUACGUAUGUAGAGUACAUCUGCGUUUCUACUCUACUUAUAAAAAUCAAACCCAUGACAAAAUGCUUAAUAUAAGAUAUAUGUAAAAAGAUUCUGUAGUAGUCAUAUACACAUUUUAUUAGAUGAUUUUGUUAGUAACGCAGUGGAGUAACAAGUCUUCACCCGGAUUAGGACACCUUAUCAGGAACUAUGACGUAAUUAAUAUGGUGUAAUAUGUCAUUGCUAGAUAUAUGGUUAAGACCGAAUAUGGCUAAAUAGCGUUAUAAUUACACAAUACCAAGAUAACUUUCGGCUAAGGAAAACAAAAUAUUUUUUAAUUUGUAAUUUUAUUCACAAAUCGAGAGAAAUUCGUUUCUCAGAUAUCAAAAUAUCCAACGCGGCGUAGAAAAAAAAGUAACACAAAUAUUGUGUUUAUUAAAUACAUACUUCUUUUGAUAUGUUUAUAAGCAGACAAGCGUGUGUUAGGCAGGGGUUGGAGGGGUGUAAUUGUGUGACUAAAUUUGCGUAGUAUAGACUUGACAUACCAUGAUAGAUCGAAGAAUUCAUCUUUCCAAUUUAUAUUUCCAUGCGCAAUGUGUUUAUUUCCAGCCUUGCUUUAAACUCUGGAAAGAUAUAGUGAAUUGUUAAAAUGAUUGCAUGGCAAUGUUUUAUUGAAUAACAAAUCUUAUUCAAACAAAGGCACAAAAAUGUUACCUAGUAAAUAGCUAGUGAUUCUGAGCAUAAAAAUACUGCUAAUUUAAAGCUUAAACAAUAUGUUAACAAUAUGUGGUAAGACUAUGUUAUGUUAGAAUCACCUCUUAGUAAGGAUAUGCUGAUAGUGUUGUUGUAUUUUGGAUUAUUUACUCAUGUGCGGAUCAGUAUAAUACUUAGUAUGAAUAUUUUUAAUU